GCUGCCUUCUUGUUUAUUCGCCCAGUUGCUCCUCGCGCUAUCUCUUACGCUGUCUAACGUGUGCUAUAUCUUCCAUCGUCCGCUUUUCCACCUCCUUGCCACGCUCACGCACCCUACGUCCCUCACGAUCUCAUCCACGACCACUUAAGUCCACACACCACUCUCUUGCGCGAUGGAUAAUCACCACCAGGACCCGGAGGAAUUCUACGUGAAGCAGGACAGAAUCGGCAAGGGCUCGUUUGGAGAGGUCUACAAGGGCUACGACAAGCGCACCCAAAAGACGGUGGCCAUUAAGAUCAUCGAUCUCGAGAGUGCAGAAGACGAAAUCGAGGAUAUCCAACAGGAAAUCCAGAUCCUCUCUCAGCUCGAUUCCCCCCAUGUGACCAAAUACCACGGCUCCUACCUCAAGGGCUCGCACCUAUGGAUCGUCAUGGAAUACUGCUCAGGCGGGUCAUGCUCUGACUUGAUGAAACCGGGCGUAUUCCGUGAAGAGUACAUCGCCAUCAUCGUCCGAGAGCUCCUGAAAGGCCUCGAAUACCUGCACACGGAAGGGAAGCUGCAUCGAGAUAUCAAAGCGGCCAACAUUUUGCUGUCAGCCAAUGGAGAGGUCAAGUUAGCCGACUUUGGUGUAUCCGGGCAGCUGUCUGGCACACUGUCCGCGAAGAAGAACACGUUUGUCGGCACACCGUACUGGAUGUCCCCAGAGGUCAUCAAGCAGAGCGGGUACGACCACAAGGCGGAUAUAUGGAGCCUAGGCAUUACGGCGAUAGAGCUCGCCAAGGGCGAGCCGCCGUAUGCGGAGCUCCACCCCAUGAAGGUGCUCUUCCUGAUCCCGAAGAACCCACCACCAACCCUCGAGGGACCGUUCUCCAAGUCCUUCCGCGAGUUCGUUUCGUGCUGUCUGCAGCGUGACCCUAAGGAUCGACCAUCCGCGCGAGAACUGCUCAAGCAUAAGUUCAUCCGCAUGGCGAAGAAGACCAACUACCUCACCGAGCUCAUCGAGCGUCACGAACGCUGGAGGGCAGAGGGCGGCGACAGGAUCGAGGAGGAAGAACGGAACCACGUCGAGGAGCUGAACGGAGGCUCCGACCCUGAGGACCUCUGGGACUUCGGCACUGUCCGCCACGCAGGAACCGUCGGUCGUGCCGCGCCCAACCCGGUACAGGUCUCCGGUCCACCCUUGACAUGGGAGAACAACGGUACGACGCGCACCGGCGGCUCGGACGACUCUUCGCACUCCGGGGGUUCGUCGUACUCCGGGAGCGGGAGACGGGGACCAUCGGACUCGUCGGUCGCGACGACGGUGAACGCCAAGGGUGACUUGCCGCCCAUCCCGGGACCAGGGCCGGCGGCGGGACCGCCGACCCCGUCGAAGAGGUCGGGGAGCUACAAUAACGACCAGGCAACGAUUCGACACGGCAACAGCAGCAACAAUGUGGGGCUCGGGGCCCCUCGGACCUCGAGGAGGGAGCCGAGCGACGAGGACGAUUACGAGGGCGCGUAUGCAGUGAGAAACCACAUCGGCGGGGACGUGGACGACGACUUGCCGGACACGACGAUGCUCGAUUCGGUCGUGUUGCCUGCGAUCGCCUCGCUGUUCCCGCGGGUCUCGACGCAGGAGGCACGCGUUGCGCUGAGUGCGCUCCAACGCGCGUUCACGGACGCGGAGCGCAUCAUACCCGGUGUCACCCUAGAGCUUAUCAACGAGAUUGUCGAUUCGGUCGAGCGGGUGGACGACUCAUGAGCGCGCACCCACACCCCGGCAUUCAACAAGCGAGCUUUUGCUGUUAGCGCGCGCAGCUUGUUGCGUCUAGCUCCGUCCUGCCCGUCCCAGCCGACCGCGUUAGGCGUGCUGGUUGUACGUACGUGCAGCCGUACUAUAGCCAUGUUCUGCCCACUCCACACCUUCCCUCAUAAACUCGUGGACGAUACAUCUGACGUUCGUCUCCUCUCUAUCACCUGUAUAGUCUCCGUCUCUAUCCCCAUUUGUUCUCCAUCUCGUGCAUUCCAGACCCCGAUUCACCCACUGUCCACUACACAUACCUAUCCAUGCAUCGCUAAUUGUGCCACUGCAUGCAUCCCGGUGUUUCUCUGUCAUUCCCCUACCACCUCCCUAUCUUGGUCCCCCUCCGGUCUUCUUCAUCUCUCUGGCAAUCCAGUACUACCGCCAAGCCCCCGAUGUAUACC